UUUCGUUUUAGGUUAUGUCAGUGUUUGCAUGGUUUGUUGAAUUGACAAAGUUUCCUAAACUAAAAGUUACCUUUGCAUGAUUUGUUCCAAAAAAUUUGUUUAAAAUUUAAAACAUGGCUAUUGAUACUACUCAAGAAACCCAUAGACCCGGGGCCUUAAAACAACAGAAUAAGACUCACAAGCAUGGAAGACACAAAAGCAAAGGAGCCCUGGAAUCAUUGAAAAAAGGGCGAACCAUGGCCAAGGCUGUCAGUCAGAAAGCUAAGCGUGAACUCAACAGAAAGGAAAGACGUAACAUGGCUGUUCAGAUGCGACACAAGAAGCGCCAGGAGUCCAUGAUGAGAGUGAGGGAUGUCAAUGAGCCUCCGUUUCUUAUUGCCUUAGUACCUCUCAAUAUCAACUUGAAGACAGCUCCCAUUUUGGAACUCUUUAAAAAUGUUGACAGUCAGGCGGUUGUCUCUUAUACCGCUGAAACACAUCUCCAUGUUGGGAUGCCCAGGUUCGGGAAGAGAUUUACACUUGCGGAAUGCAACAGUGGGAACGUCUUAGACGUGCUUGACUACCUCAAGGUGGCAGACUCGGUGCUGUUUCUUGUGUCUACCGAGGGCAUCGAUGCUACGGGAGAGUUGCUGUUGACAGCUGCGCUAGCUCAAGGUCUCCCCUCCACUAACACUGCAGCAGUCAACUUAUCCAGCUUGCCCGUCAAGAAACACCAAGCUGCAAAGAUGCAAUUGCAGAAGUCGAUCAACCGAUGGCUGCCGGACGAGAAGGUGAUGAUGUUGGAGAAGGAGAGUGACUCGCUGUUGGUACUGAGGAAGGUGUGCAGUCAGAAACUGAGACGAGUGAUCCAGCGUGACAAUCGCCCUCACUUGCUGGCGGAGAAAGUGGAAUACGUGCCUAAUGAACAGGGGUCAGCAGGUACUGUGAAGCUGACUGGGUAUCUUAGAGGGCAGAAUCUGUCCGUGAAUUCUCUGGUCCACGUAGCGGGCUGGGGCGAUUUCCAGAUGAGCCGAAUAGACUCCCAUGAAGAUCCUCACAUCAUUAAAGGCUGCAUGGUGGGAUCAGCUCCAUCGGUGUAUGCUGAUCCUAAGAAACAGGAAUCUCUUGACAGAGAGAAUAUUCCAGACCCGAUGGACGCUGAGCAGACUUGGCCUACGGAGGAGGAAAUGGCGGAAGCGGAAGAGAGAAUCAAACUGGUGAAGCGGGUGCCGGCCGGCAUGUCUGACUAUCAAGCGGCUUGGAUUCCCGAGUGUGACGCGGAGGAGAUGGAGAGUGAUGACGAUGAGGAGGAGUCAGAAGAAGAAGUGGAGGGGAUGGAAUGUGUGUCCGAGGAGGAGUCUGAGGAGGGAGAAGAGGCGGAGACGAUGACAGUCACUUCCGAGGCUCCUGUAGCAACAGACAAGUACGACCAGGAACACGACGAGACGGAGGAACAAGAAGCGCUGCGCAAGAUAAAAGAGUCCAAAAUGGAUCAGAUGUUUCCGGAUGAGGUAGACACUCCUAUGGAUACUCCGGCAAGAGUGAGAUUCCAGAAAUAUAGAGGACUCAAAUCCUUCAGAACUUCUCCUUGGGACACUAAGGAGAACUUACCCAGUGACUACGCUCGGAUAUUCCAGUUCCAGAACUUCGACAAGACCAAGAAAAGGGUUUUGAAGGAAAGAGAAGAAGCAGAUUAUGAUGCCUGGGCGGGAUGGUACAUCACGGUGUAUAUCAAAUCCGUCCCAGAAGAGUUGUUCGCCUCUCGUCUCGGAAAUCAACCGCUAGUGAUGUACGGGCAGUUGCCUCACGAACAGAAGAUGUCUGUCGUCAAUGUCGCGCUGAGGCGGCCGGCAGUGCUGCGGUAUGACGAGCCAAUACAAUCUAAAGAGUCACUUGUCUUCCAGUGUGGCUAUCGCAGAUUCCGAGCAGCGCCGAUUUUCAGCCAACACACCAACGGUGCUAAGCACAAGUACGAGAGGUUCUUCCAACCCGAAGCCACAGUGGUAGCCACCAUGUACGCUCCAAUUAUCUUCCCUCCGGCUUCCGUCCUGGCUUUCAAAGAGAAGAAAGAUGGUUCACAGGUGCUGGUUGCAACGGGAAAUGUUCUAUCCGUCAACCCAGAUCGUAUUGUAAUCAAGAGAGCUGUGCUAAGCGGACAUCCCUUCAAGAUCCACAAACGCUCGGCCGUCGUUCGCUUCAUGUUCUUCAACCGUGAAGAUAUCAACUGGUUUAAGCCUGUUGAGCUGAGGACCAAAUUCGGUCGUCGAGGACACAUAAAGGAACCCCUAGGUACGCACGGUCACAUGAAGUGUGUUUUUGACGGACAGCUCAAGUCUAUGGACACAGUUCUUUUGAAUCUCUACAAGCGAGUCUUUCCCAAGUGGACUUUCGACCCAGACGUCCAGUUUAAAACUGACACUGCUUCAACAUCGAUGGAAACAAGCUAAUCAUUUUGUGGACUAUGUAUAGUUUGUUAAGCUAAUCAAACUGUUGAUUUUGUUAAAAUUACCAGUAAUUGAAGCCUGGUAUCACAUCAUUUGGGCCAAUUACUCUUUUUUCUUUAUAUUCUGAGAUUAUACGCUUGAAUUUAUUGGAGGCUUUUUCCAGUCCAAGACCAAAACGGAAGUUAAGUUUUUUUAACUGAAGAUUAUUUUUUAAUAAUUUUUACACAAGUUGAGGAUGUUUUAUUCAUGCAUCAAUAUUUAGAAUUUAUGAAAGUAAAUUUUAAAAAAUCUCAUCCAAUAUUUGCAUAAUCAGGAAUUGCCAUAUUUAAGUCAUAAUUUUUUUAUUUUUGUCCAGAAACAAUAUAUUUUAUUUGUAUGUUAUGCUGAUAUGUGUACAU